UGUCUUUGCUUUAACUUUCUUUUUCCUUUUUUUCCAAGGCGAUGGCUGAAAGGCAGAGCCCUACGGGACACGCUGGCCAGACUGACGAUCACGAUGAGGCUGCGGACUCGGAGGUCUCCAUCCCAAAAGACGACAGCGAUGCCACAAGCAGGAGGAUCAUCCGCCAUCAGUACAGGGAGCUCAUCAACAGCGUACAGCAGAAUCGUGAGGACAUGCUGAAUCCAAACAACAACAAACUGACUGAAGCCCUGGAAGAGGCCAACAAGCUGUUCAGCAAUGUUCGUAAGGCUCGAGAGGCUGCCCUGGACUCACAGUUUUUGGUUUUGGCAACAAACCUGGGGAAGGAGAAGGCCAACCAGCUGCAGGCUGAUGCCAUGGUGUUUGACACCUCGGCCUUUGCAGAGUCCAUACUGACAUUUAUGGGGCUGAACCGCCUGGAAGAGGAUGACAGUGAAGAGGAGGCUGAGGAGUUUGGAGGUUAUCUUCCCAGAGAUGCUUGGCACAGGCUGGCAAAGACGGCAGCAAGAUGUUUCCGAACGACCCCGACGUUCCACUACAUGUAUGGCUCCUAUGACCCCGGACCCCCAGUACCCAGACAGCGAAUAGAACGGAAACAAAAGGCCCCCAACAAGGAAGAGCUCAGGAUUAUGCCUGUACAGCUAAAGAAGAUGGAAGAAUCACACCAGGAGGCCACGGAGAAGGAAGUGGAGAGGAUUCUGGGGAUUCUGCAGGAAUUAAAUAAAGCCGAGCCCAACAAUCCGCUGUCCUACUUUGAUUUUGUAAUUGAUCCUCAUUCAUUUGCACGUACGGUUGAAAAUAUGUUCCACGUGUCCUUUUUAGUUCGGGAUGGUCACGCAAGAAUAUAUUUGGAUAAGGACAAGAUGCCCGUCAUUGAACCUGUGACGGGCGGCAGUGAAAACGAAGUCCCGCAGGAGCGAAUGCAGUGCGUCAUCUCACUAACACAGCGGGAGUGGCGGGACAUCGUUGAAACCUUUGAAAUCACUGAUGCGACGAUCAAACGGCUUCCCGAGGCGUCCUCUUAGCACCGGAAAUGUCCGAUUCUGACAGCGUCUGCCAUCCUUGUCGUAUUCAGUAAGGGGCCAACCACCACGUUCCCUGGCAGCCUUUCUUCACCCGCCGAACAGGUCUGAAGUGUUAGCCUGUGGAAUGACACAGGGGGGCUGUAGGAGCCAAUGGACACCUAAACAAAAUGGCCUCCGGGCCGUGACACUCGUUUUGUGUGGGAGAUUUGGGUUUAACAUGGACAGAGCAUCAUGGGACUUCUGCUCACUCCUGCAUUGGCGUCCUCGACUUGGUGUUUCUGCGCUGGAGUUUCUCUUGGGAUGGAUAUCAGGCUGGGGUGUGGCAGAGGCUGCCGCAGAGUACAUCAUGGCAGUGCCCACCCUCAUGGCCUACGCCAAAGGGACCCUUUCUAUUCUUCGGGCUUCGCCCCCCAAUUUGAUGCUUGCACUUGAACACGUCGCCUUCUUUUAGAGGUCGGUGACUGUAAAUAAUUUUGAUUAAAGACGUUUUCCUGCUUCACCCUUAA